AUGUCGGCCUUCUUAGAUAUUGAGGGCGCCUUUGAUAAUACACCCAUUCGGACACUGGUGGAAGGGCUUAGGGCCAAGGAGGUGGAUUCCACCACUGUCCGCUGGGUGCAAAGCAUGCUCUCAAGCAGAGUGGUUAGGCUAGACUUGCUUAACACUACACUCGAAGUGGCCACUGUGAGAGGCUGCCCGCAGGGAGGUGUCCUAUCUCCCUUGCUCUGGACUCUCGCGGUGGAUGGACUUCUGCACAAGAUGGCGGAACUCCGAAUCGACACUCAGGGGUACGCAGACGACCUUGUUGUGACGGUGAGGGGCAACUGCCAAAGUACUUUAUCAGACCUUAUGCAGAGGGCUCUCAACACCAUAAAUACAUGGUGCGGAGAGAAUGAAUUGUCUAUCAAUGCAGAUAAGACAAUUAUAGUACCAUUCACGAACAAGAGGAAACUGGACAAACUUAAACCUCUUGUCAUGAAUGGUACAACUAUUCCGUUCUCAACAGAGGUCAAAUAUCUGGGGGUAACACUGGACCAGAAACUGACCUGGAACAAACAUGUGGACGGAACCAUACAAAAGGCCAGAUCAGCCUUGGCAAUAUGCUGUCGUUUAGCAGGCAACAGAUGGGGUCUAAAACCCAAAAUUGCCUUAUGGCUGUACACAUCCAUAGUGAGGCCGAUAGUGUCUUACGCCUCUGUAGCAUGGUACAGGAAAACGACGCAGAAGGUAACAGUGAUGAAGCUUGGCAGCCUUCAAAGAACUGCCUGUGUCAUCGUCACUGGGGCCAUGUCAUCCUCCCCGACGGCAGCCCUAGAAGCCAUACUAAAUCUACCGCCCCUCCACUUACAUCUAGAAUUGGAGGCGAGAUCUAGUAUGCUUAGAAUAGCGGGCGCGAGGAGAGGUAAUUGGUUAUCGCAAACUCUGAGACUGUUUAAGGAAUCAGUGUACGAUAUUCCUGUUCUUGGGAUGCCAUCCGACACUAUGUCACCCAAAUUUUGUCCACUCAAACUUUACUCAGUGGAAAUCCCCAAACGGGAGGACUGGUCAAACAGUCAAAUCAAGUGGAAAGAAGGAAGCCUGAGGUGGUACACUGAUGGCUCCAAAUCCGGAUCUGAAGUAGGCUGCGGAGUAUACGGUGAAGCGCCUAGGAAAAGUAUCAGCUUAAACCUAGGACGUUUUUGCUCUAUAUUCCAGGCAGAGGUAUACGCCAUUCUGGAAUGUGCGUCAAUCAAUCUGCAAAGCAACUACGGCAACCAUACUAUCUAUAUCCAUUCGGAUAGCCAGGCGGCACUCUUAGCCCUAACCUCCGAUGUCACCACAUCGAGGCUGGUUGAGAACUGCAGGCAACUAUUGAACAACCUUGGAGCCAGGAACAAGGUUGUUCUACGUUGGGUCCCGGGGCAUGCGGGUGUCGUAGGAAACGAGAAGGCCGACGAACUCGCGCGAGCAGGGGCUAAGGGGAAGAACUACAGUCCUGAGCCCUUUUGUGGUAUCCCCAAAAGCCUAACGCGGCUCACCCUAAAGACCUACUGUCACUACAAAACCAUUCAACUCUGGAGAGAAACAACAGGUUUGAACCAUUCCAAAGCGCUUAUCAAGGCCUUCAGCAAAAAGGCGUCCUCGAACGCCUUAGCGCUGUCUAGGAACCAACUGCGCAACUUGUUCAACCACUCCGAAGAGGAUACCUCUAAAACGGGCGUUUUGAACGCAUCGACCGCUGCUUCAGGUGUCAAAAAACGCUAA